GUUGCCAAAGGCACUAUCUACUUUUUUAUCUUCUUGCCAUUGAUUGUGAAUAAAUUGUUUGUUGUUUUAUCCGUUGCUAUGUUUUUUCUAAAUAGCAAACAUUAAAUUUUGGGAGCGGAACUACUCUUUCAUAAACACACGCACGAGAAUGGGCAACGAUUACUUGAUAAACAAUAGCCCUAAAUCCCGUGACGUCAUUAAAUAACUAACUUGGAUUCCUUUACGCAAAGGUUAGGGUGAAAGAGCUCUGUCAACAAGAGGUGAUCAGAUGAUUUUAUCUCGCAAUCUUAUUUAAUACCAAGAAUAAUUGAACCGACUAUUAGUGCAACGCAAUUUUAAGUCCAGACAGGUUUCAAAGUUGAUUUUAGCUCGCCAAGGCUAGUAAUAUACUACAGUCACUGGUCGACCUACUCAAUUUGGAAAAGAGCAGUUUACCAUAAAUCGAUGGACUAAGACAACGACAAUAUAAACUUAUAGCUACUUGUAUAAAAGCAAGGAAUUAAUAUGGGAAAUUGUAGCAGUGUUCCGCCAGAUUAUGAGGUUAUAGUCAAAACUGGAGACGUGAAAGGAGCUGGAACGGACGCCAAUGUGUAUUGUGCGUUGGUCGACGAGGAGGGUAACCGUACCAAAGAUUUUCACUUGGAUUGUCGCUGGAAGGACGACUUUGAGAAAGGAAACAUUGACAAGUUUAAGCUUUCUAAUGGUUCAGCACUUGGGCCUUUAAAAAAGAUCGAAAUAUGGCGUGACGAAACAGGUUUAGGAGACGAUUGGUACGUGGAGUGGAUCAAAGUCAAGCAGCUUUUGAACUCGAAUGGAUCGGAUGAGCUGGAUGUUUUUCCAUGCAAUCGUUGGGUUAAAGCUGAUAGGAAGUUAAUUUUGACCAAGUACGAUUGUAUGCUGCCACAGUUUGAUGAUCAUCCCGAACARAGGAAGCUUGAACUGGAAGAAAAGCAAAAACUUUACGUUCUCAAACGUAAAGCUCCCGGUUGCCCAAAACAGAUUGAAAGUUGCCCAAGAGAUGAGAGUUUUAGCAACGACUAUAAGUGGAACAUUCAGCAGACCAAGUUAAAGUUGCUGAUUAAGUGCAAGUUGACUAAGCUCACCUCAGACCCAUGGGAGAAGYUGGAGGAUUUUUCCAAUGUUUACAAAGGCAGCAUGGGGAAACCAUAUGGAAUUUACAAUUGGAAGGAAGAUGCAGCAUUUGCAAGGCAAAGACUGCAGGGAUGUAACCCAAUCUUCAUAAGACUCUGCAAAGAGAUACCUGAAAACUUCAUGGUGACAUCAGAGAUGGUUGAGCCAUUCCUGGAAGAACUGACUCUUGAUCAAGCCAUUCAAGCCAAGAGAGUCUACAUUUGCAACAUGAAAAUCUUGUCUGACAUUGUUUGCAAGUCCAACCGAAUACUCUGCAAGCCUAUGGCCCUUUUCUUUGUGAAUGACAGCAAAGAGAUGAUGCCCAUUGCUAUUCAACUCUUCCAAGAACCUCACGAUGAUAAUCCAGUAUUUUUGCCAAGUGAUCCACCAUACACCUGGAUGUUAGCCAAAAUGUACUAUAACAAUGCUGAUGCAGCAUAUCACCAGUCUUGCACUCACCUUGGUUUUACCCAUCUGGUGGCCGAGACAGUAUGUGUUGGGACACACAGACAGUUAUCUCCAUCCCACCCAGUGUUCAGGCUGUUGGCUCCUCACUUCCUAUACCUGUUGGCUAUAAACUCACUUGCAUUGGCCAAACUUGUUUCUCCUGAAGGAUGGAUUGAUGUCUGCAUGACAACUGGUGCCCAGGCUCUCCUUCAGCUUUGUGGAUCCUGCUGGCAAAGUUGGCACAUGAAUGUUGAGGGGUGGUUACCAGCAGAGCUUGAAGAAAGAGGUGUUGAUGACACCCAAGCCUUGCCUAACUAUCCAUACAGAGAUGAUGCUCUUUUGAUUCAUCAAGCUAUUUGGGAUUACGUGCGGGAAGUUCUGCAAGGACAUUACGAUACGCCAGACAAGUUAAUUAACGAUUAUGAAAUCCAGAACUGGGGUCACAUGCUUGCUGAUAAGAAUGAUGGACUUGGGAUGCUGGGCGUAUUUGGUGAUGGUAAGUUCACAGAACUUGAAGAUCUCAUCAAGACCGUCACAAGCAUCAUCUUUAUCAACAGCGUUGGUCAUGCUGCUGCUAACUUUGCUCAGUAUGACGAGUAUGCAUUCCCACCAAAUUACCCAGCAUUCCUUAGGGGCAAGCCUCCUACAAGCAAGGAGGAACUAACAGAGCAAGACAUCAUUGAUCAUCUUCCUCUGAAGGACAUGACUCUUGACAUCAUGUUGGUGACAAAGAUACUUAGCGAUCGUGGCACUAACGCUCUGGCUGACUUCGAGGUCCAAUAUCAAUACGACCCUAUAGGAGUCAAAGCUGUUGAAAAUUUCCGCAGAAGACUCGCUGAAAUCGAUCAACUCCUUGAAGAGAGAAACAAGAAGAGGCCUUUUCCGUAUCCUUACCUUACUCCCAAGGAAGUACCUAACGCUAUUAGCAUCUAAGCCAUCGAAAUGAACUACCCCGUGUAACCAUCUAAUACUAGUAUCAUUUUAUAUUAGAGUAGAGUGCAAACAACUAUAUCCGUGAAAUAGCACAAAAGCUAAAUAGCACUACACACGUAUUUUUUGUUUUCAAAUAUUGUUUCAAGCUAUUUUGCUAUUUUGUAUUAUUAGUUAUUAGAGUGGUCAUAAACCCGUGAAACAAUUACUCUUAGUUACUAUCAAAUCACUUGUGUUAAAGCGUAUUAGUGUGUAUGUUACAUAUAGUGAUAGACUUCAUGCUGUAUUCCGGUAUACGACAAGAAUAAUCAAUGAAAUCAUAAUAAUGAAGUGUAUUACUGCUAAAUACGCUAGUACUUGUUUCACGGGUUUUCGAAAACCACUUCACUAUUUCACUUAUAUAUGGUUUGCAACUCUAAUGUACUCUCCUAGUAAGUAAUAAUAUUAUUAAUGAUACUUCUACUAAAAAUAAUGAAUUAGAACACGGCUUAUGUUAAAUAAAUAAUUAGCAUAAUUUGAGACUUGAAUAUAGAGUUUCGCGCGCUGUGAUUGGUCGGGCAACCAGUGAUUAUAAGAGACGAUAAUCACUGCUCGAGUGGUGAUUAUGAGAGACGAUAAUGACUGCUCGAGUGGUGAUUAUGAGGUUUCGUAAACAAGAGCAGAAGUAAUAAGAAAACGUUUUUUUAAAUCUUGAACUGAUUUCGCCUUUUCUCUGAUAUUCAAGUCUAAAAUGAUACUAAUGCAAUUAUUCACCUCAGACUCAGUGAAUAUGAAGAAUUUUUACCUCGCCGCACAAGGACUCGCAGUUCAGUAAACAUUCCCCGAUAUUCACUUCGCCUUCGGCAAAUAAUUGUUAAAUAAUAAUAAUUUAUCGAAUAGAUUCCACUAGAUGGCUCUUCGUCUAUAUUGAAGAUGCUAUCUACCAAUGAAAUUAAUAGAAAGUUAAUAAUAUAAAGUAGUAUUCAAGGGCGGAUGCAGUGCGUUUUGUAAAACGAACAGAAGCAUGGACUUGCAGUAUGCUCAUUGGUCUAUCUUGGACCAAUCCAGCACGUGACAUCAGGAUCCAAUACUGGUCAAGAGUGGUAGGUUCCUCAUGACAUCAUACCAGUAAGUUUAGUCGGUAAAACAUACUGAAUCCGCUAUCGGUACUACUUAGCUUGAGUAAGAAUAUUUACUGUCAUUUGUAUGCUUUUUGUAUACCGCCUGUAAAUGCUUUUGGUUGUUUGUUAAUCUAUCGACUGUCUUACACCAUACGCUAUUUACUAUGAUUUAAACGUGUCCAGUAAAGAGUUGCUACGAAUUAAAUUAGUUGACAGUUGAAUAAGUGAUCGUGGGAUAAUUAGAACGCAAUACAAAUAAACGUAAUUUGAAAAGAACAAAAUAUUUUUAUAAAAAACAAUGAAAUAACGAGAAGCUCGACAAAACAGUCUUUCACUUUUGGAAAGCAAUUCAGAUUCAGAGUAAAUUACACUUUCAUGAAAUAGGGAAUACGGGUCUUUCUUGGUGUAGCAAGCUUUAUUGUAUUCUGGGUUAGGGCUUUUGUUUUGCAGGAUAUUGUUUAGCUCCAAAUUCAUCAUCCUUGGCUAUUUUUCUAUUUUCUUCAUGGUGCCUUGCGACACCAAGAAAGAUCCGAAACUUCCACCGUACGAGAAAAAUUGAUGAGCAUUAGACUUGAGUAUAGUUUUUCGCGCUGUGAUUGGUCGAGAGACCAGUGAUUCUGAGACCAUAUUCACUGCUCGAGCGGUGAUUAUGAGGUUUGCAAAAGAAUUUCGUCUUUCUCUGAUAUUCAAAUCUAAAAUUGUACUAAAACAAUUAUUCACUUCAGACUCAAUAUGAUUAUUGUGAAUAUUUACCUAUAUUCGCUUCGCCUUCGGCAAAUAAUUGUUAAUUACCACGGUUAUUUGAUGAAAGUGUACAGAUUGAGAAAUUUUUUUUGUAGAUGUGUUAUCAUAAUAAAUACGCUCUGCUGUGCACGUGGUCUAGGCGGUUGGAAAUCAAUGUAUUUAUGUGUUAUUAGUAUUAUUAUUUAUUACCAAUUCAAGCACAGUUGUAACUGCUUGUAUACUCUUUGCUGGAGUGCUCGAAUAUUUUAAACUAUACUCUCCGAUAUAUAAUAAAAAGUCUUUUGGCUUUCA